UUAAUCUGAUGUUGAGUGAAUUUGUUUGUUCCAGCAUUAUGGUUACCUAUUGUGUGGUAGUGCAUUCACUGCAGUAUCCCAAGUUAUAUUUUUUCGUUUUUAAUACGGUAUUUAAAGGGGGGGCACGGUGGCUUAGUGGUUAAGGGGCGGAGCUAGUGGGUGGCAACUGUGCCGAUUACUGGCCCUCCACAUUGAAAUGUCUGCCCACAAACUUGCUACUACCAAUUUGAUUUUAAGGCCUCGCAAUGAUUGAACUUGGUGAUGUAGUUUUUGUUUAGUUAUUUUGUACCCAUGACUUUACUUUUCUUAAACAAUUGUGUGUAAUAAAAGGGAAUGAGAGAAUAAUUGUAUUAGUUUUUUAUACUGUUAGGUUAUCUUAUAUUGUGGUAUUUACAAUAUAUUUUGUUAAAGUGUUUGCAACUUAGUUUGUUGAAACUAAUGAUUUUUGGUUGUUGUUUUUUUUUUUGCUUAAAAUUUUUAUGCUGUGUUUUAUGCCGAUUAUAAGCAUGAUCGCAUAGUCUUAUAUUGGUCUUGAAACAUUUCAAGUAAAAAGUAUCGUCGCCCUUUGUGCUUUGUGUCCCGGAAGUCAAAUAAUAAAACAUUUAUGUCUUCACGUAUGUGGACGGGAACCGCAUUAGUGCUUACAGGUUUACAAAUCUUUGUCUCUUAAAAAAUAAGCGAAAUAUUUGAUUUUUAGGGAAAACGAAUACAUUUCUUAGGUAGGAACCAGUAACCCCUUGGGUAGCAGGACACCCGACGCCCGGAUUGUAUUUUUGGGCGGACAAUAACAUAGGCUAACUGGUGACUGCGAGUGGAUAUCUGUCAUAAGUGUGUGAAAAUAUUGUCAUUCUGGCCACAUUGACAGGAAAGGGUCCAAAGGCGAAUAAAUGUCUGACGCUCCAGAACUUCCUAUUACAAAGGAAGAGGAGGAAACUACAUCUGAACCAGAGGAGCAAUCCGACGAUAGUAGUGAGGAGGAAGCAGCUGGAAACUCCGAGAUGGACUUCCUGCGGAAUUUGUUUUCUCGCACUUUGGGCCUGGGCUCAACAGAAAAGGUUUUGGAUGAUUUGACUUUGGAGGGAGUGGCACAAUACAUCCUGAGUGGCAAAUGUAAAAAUAUCAUUUGCAUGGCUGGAGCAGGCAUAUCUACAUCGGCUGGGAUUCCCGAUUUUCGCUCACCUGGUACUGGCCUGUAUGCAAACCUGCAGAAAUAUAACCUUCCCUACCCAGAGGCCAUCUUCCAGAUAGAUUAUUUCAAGAAACAUCCAGAGCCCUUUUUUGCCUUGGCCAGGGAGCUUUAUCCAGGACAGUUUAAGCCGACCGUCUGUCACUACUUCAUGAAGCUGCUGAAAGACAAGGGUCUUCUGAAACGCUGCUACACACAGAAUAUUGACACCCUGGAGCGCGUGGCCGGGCUUGAGAGUGGUGAUCUAAUUGAAGCCCAUGGAACGUUUUACACGUCCCACUGCGUCAAAUUCACCUGCCGCAAAGAGUACAACCUGGACUGGAUGAAAGAAAAAAUAUUUUCUGAGGACAUUCCCAAGUGUGAGAAAUGCAACAGUCUGGUCAAACCAGAUAUUGUCUUUUUUGGAGAGAACCUACCUGUGCGGUUCUUCACCUCAAUGAAGAUGGACUUCCCCCGUUGUGAUCUCCUCAUUAUCAUGGGCACGUCUCUGCAGGUCCAGCCUUUUGCAAGUCUGGUGAGCAGGGUUUCAAAAAGUUGCCCCAGGCUGCUCAUCAACAUGGAAAAGACAGGCCAGUCUGACCCUAUGUUAGGUCUGCUGGGUUUUGGUGGAGGAAUGGACUUUGACUCAGACAAGGCAUACAGGGAUGUUGCCCGUAUCAGUACAUGUGAUGACGGCUGUAUGGCGCUCGCUGAGCUGCUGGGAUGGAAGUUUGAGUCACAGAAAGUGUCUCGUGUCACCAGGCUGAGCUGGAAGAAUUAGUGAAGCGUGAGCAUGCCAGAAUCGACGCGCAGGACAAGGAAGCAAAGUCAAGUGAGAGCCAAGGAGCAAGCUCUUCUUCAGCGGCACCAGAGUCCAAAUAAGGGUAAUCUUUGGAAAGCUAGGUGGUGGUUGUCCUUGAAGGGCGAUUAUUAAGGCUACUUUUAUUUAUUGUUUACAAAUGAAGCUUUGUGUGCAGACUGCAUGUGUAACAAAUAACAUGCUCGCUGAAGUCCUCUGCCAUGCCAUUGAUUUCUUUUUUUUUUAGCACUUCAAUAAGAAAACUUAUGUCUUUCAUUUUUUUAGUACCUUGUAUGUGUUCCUCUGAGGUCUGCAUAGAAAGUUUUUACAGCAAUAGAUUUUAGUGUGUGGAUUGUUGAUUUACUAAACCAACUGUUGAUUCAGUUGGAGGCAGAUUCACCGAUGUUUCAACACACCUUAUAACCAAGCUGUUUUGUUGCAUCUAACAUAGUUUCUCCUGUUAGAGUCUUAAAUUAUUAUAUCAUGGACUAACAAUGGAUGUCUUUGUAAGUAAAGUGAGGUGUGGGCCUUCAGUAAUAACAGUGCAAUCUUAUGAAACUUUUUUAUUUGAACAUUUUUUCUUGGCUUCGACAGCUAGGCAUUGAUGAGAUCAAGUUUUGUUUGUAAUAUUCAACAACACACUGUGUGUGUGUGAGUUGAGUAAAACUAAUGGCGUGACACUUGAGAUGCGGUAACACGAGUUCAGGCUCACUGUGAAGCUGUUAAAUGGGUGAAUUCAAUAGGAACAUAUGUACACAAAUAAUGGAAACUAAUGCAAUAAAUUUGACCUUUGUAAAACUCA